AAGGUUAGAGAAGGGAAUAGGGCUUAAAUACCCCCUCUGUUUAGGCUGGGCCAAAAGGCCCAAGCCCUUAGAUAGCUGAGGCAAAGAAAAGAGAUCAGUCCCUAUCACUCACGUGACCAAAAUGGAGAAACAGUCUCAGGGGCCUCCACCUUCAGCUUCAGCUUCCUUUAGAGCAAGCUUCUCAGAGCACAACCUCUCAGAGCACAACCUCUCCAACCUCCUCUCAGUCCUCAGACCCCGCUAUCCUUAAGGAAACCAUCCAAGUUCCCUCCCCUCAGUUCUCACAUCUAACAAUCACUGUCCGUGUCUUCCCUGUGCCAAUAGUGGCUCUAGCUUAACCCAGGACCGCCCAGAGGUCUGUGGCUUUGCACAUGUCUGUUGAAGGUCAUAUUCUCAAAUAAUUAAAUCUUGAUCCUUUGCUGCAGCCCUUCCUAAAUCCUGUUACCCUGAGCAGGGUGGAGAUUGGAAGUUCCAAGACCUGGUUCUGUCAUUCCAAGUAUCUCUAUUGUAUCAAUUCUAAAAUCAAUCAUGACUCAAAGAAUUUCCUGUUCUAUGCUUAAGCAUAGGUCAAAGCCCUUUCCAUUGUUUAGCAAAAGGUUUCUGUCCUAAAGUAAUCUUAAGUAGGGAGGAGAAAGACCCUCCCAUGUCAAGGGGGUUAACAUUCCAAUAGACUAUCAGUAGGAAAUUUUUCAAGUAUGAAAUUUCCCAAUGGUGAAAUUUCCAACAUUUAUAAGUCUAAGAAAUUUUAAGGUUUACACCACAGAUCCAGCAAAUAAAAAAAAGGAUUAAGAAUACAGCCAAUGAGGGAGGGUAAAGAAGGAAAAAUAUGAGUAAACAACAGAAAAAAAAUUACAGUUGCUAGAUAAUGAACAAAGAACAAAUGGAACAGAGGAGGACUAAGGAACACCAAACAAAAACACAGAAACAAACGCCAGCAAUUAGGCUUUUGGAAGAAAUUUCAAAAAACAAUUAAGAGAGGCUGAAGACAAUUGAGAAAAGAGCUUAAAAAGCAAAACAGGUUAUCUGGAAACAGGCAUAUGAACUAAAAGAACAAAAUAGUUUCUUGAGAGCCAGAACUGACCAGCUUGAAAAUGAGGCAAAGAAAAUGAAAGAUGACCUACAAAGAAAAACAGAUAAAAAGGAAAAGGAUGAUCCAAAAGCCAGGGAUGAAAUUCGGUCAUUAAAAAUUAGAAUCCAACAAUUAGAUGCAAAUGACUUCAUAAGGCAGCAAGAGUCUAUAAAACAAAAUAAAAAGAAUGAAAAAUUGAAGAAAAUAUGAAACACCUCAUUGAUAAAACAAUGGGCCUGGGAAAAAGAUCCAGGAGAGACGAUUUAAGAAUUAUUGGACCACUAGAAAAUCAUUACAAAAGAAAAAUCCUGGAGAUCAUUCUACAGCAAAUUAUCCAAGACAACUGCCCUGAUAUUCUUGAAUAAAAGGAUAAAAUGCCCAGGAAUGUUAUAGCCAAAUUCAAGAACUUCCAUACCAAGGAAAAGAUACUACAAACUACUAAAAAGAAACUAUGAAGAUAUCAUGGAGCCACAGUUAGGAUAACAUAGGACUUGGCUGCAUCCACACGGAAGGACAAGAAGGCAUAGAAUAUGAUAUUCUGGAAAGCAAGGAAACUAGUUCUACAACCAAGAAUCAACCACUCAACAAAAUUGACUAUAUUCUUGCAGGGGAAAGUAUGGUCAUUUAAUAAAAAUGGAAGACUUCUAGGCAUUCCUGAAGAAAAUACCUGACUUAAGCAGAAAAUUUGAUGCCCCAACACAGAAUUCAAGAGAAUCAUCAAAAGGUUUUAGUGGUAUCUGAAGGACCCCAUCUGCCAUUGAGUCCUAUGCUUUACAGUUCAUCAGAGCAGAGAAGUUAAUACACCUGGGGGAAGGGGCAGAGUGCAGAAAGCAACAAGAAAGAUACAGAGACAGAGACUAAAGUGAAAAGGAAAGAAGACAAAUUUGAGACAUAAGAAUAUAGGAAGUGAGUUUAUGGAGGCCAAGCCAAAAGUGAAACCUGGUAAUAAACUUAGAUCAGAAUCAGAAGAAGUAAAACUGCAGAAAGUCAGCAAGCAGAUUGUCCAAAAUGCCAUCCUUCGAGCUGUACAACAAGUCUCCCAGGAGAUCCAACAAAAAAAGGAAGGAAUUGCCUCAAUCAACAGGAUCGGGCUGCAGCUAGAGAAAUCCUUUGGAGACACCAAGCAUUCCUAUCACCAUCUCAAGUCUUGAAAUAAUCAGGUCCUGUGAUCAUGAGAAUCCCAAUGUGCUAUACUUUCUGUGAUGGAUGGGGUAGAUACUAGCAGAAGAAUGAAGACAAUCUCUUCUCCGCUCUGUUAGAUGGUCUCCUACAGUGCACAGAUGGAAUAAAGUCACAGCAAAAGAGGAUUAAUUUAAAUUUAGCUUGCAACCCAAAGAUCCACAACAUUUUAUAGCAAAAUGGGUGGUAGUCAAAAUUUAAGAACUUCUAUAGGAAGAUGUGUGUGCUGUGAGAAUAUAUUGCAUAGUGGAAAUAAAAAUAUUUUGAGGAAAUACACAUAAAUAAAUGCUUGUAGCCUGUGCUUGUAGCCUGAAAAUAAAUUGGUGUAAUCUAUUUCUCUGAAAGCAUCUCCAUUUAAAUACUGUUAGUGUCUGUCUUAUUAUUAGGAAUUAAGUCUAUCAGUCACUUUUCCUGUUUGAUGUGUACUUAUGUUCAUGUUUCCAAGGCAAUUGGGAACAUCUCUAUGGCUCAAUAUGACAAUGCUCAAACCUCUGUAUCUGAAUGUUGUUUGUAAUUAAAUACUUUGUCCUUA